AUGCCCCUGCAGGGGCGGCAAAGAGAGUGGGCUAUCACAUAUGUGUUGCAAGAGCUCUACAUCAAGAAGGAAAACCAGGUCCCACCGGAGCUUCCCAUUCUUCAGAGCAAUUUGAAGAAAGGUUCGGAGCCAGCCCCAGACCAGGUCCCUGGAGUUCUGCGGGAAUUCACGAGGCCCACAUCAGUGCUGGUGGCUUUUCUUGCAAUGCUGGUGGGGGACGCAGAUCGUCAGAAUGCCAGUGCUGAGUCCAGGGCUGUUACGAGCACUGCCCGUGAGUUCUUGAAAAACCUUGUCAUGCGUGCAGCCUUGACAUCAGAAUUCCGAGUGGUUGUGGUGAACCUGGGGGAUGGAAGCGCGACAAAUGUCCCUGUCGCUGGCAACGGCGCCAUCCCUGGUGGUAGCAUUUGGCAGGAUGACGCACAUGUAGACUUUGUUACGACAGCGGCAGCGUCACCGAACGUGGCGGAGCUCAUUUGCUUUGCUUUGUAUCCAGAGUUUCAGGACUCGUCUCAAGAUUUCCAGCUUCUUCGUUGCGUUGCUGUUGGCAUGCUUGCGCAGCUGGCCAAAUUUCUGGCCGCUUCACUGGAUUUAAUUAAAGUCCUGCUGCUACCCCAAGCUUUCCAGAAGUUCCAAGAGAGCGCCACUUUCAAAGUGAACCCAGCCGAGUAUGCUCAUAGGGCCGCCUACAUCAAGCGUUUGCAGGAGGCGUUCAAGGCCAAGCAUGGAGCCAUGACGACGCUUGUGACGGAGACUGAUCCCUCGGCGGAUGCGUACUUUGCAGAGCAAGGGCGCCGCGAGGUUGCCGCUAACCAGGAGAGCGAGGUCGCGUGGCAACAGAUUCAUGCAGCUCUGGGCAGUGACUUGCUGCAGGAAGUGAAGGAGCUCUGCCACCAGCCGAUCAUGGACCACGUCAGCUGGGGCAACCACGUGUCCCGCUCGCAGCACCCAAGCCCGUGCAUGUUUCGGGAUGUCACAGAUUUAGUUCCUCUCCUGAAGUCCCCGCGCUUGUCGACGGCAAGCUUUGUGCAGAAGAAGCACGAAGCUUUCUCGUCUGUCAUGCAGACGGAGCUCCCCUGCUGCACUCACAGAGAGACUUGUGCGAUUCCGCCAGUGGAUAUCGAUGUGUCGGGUCUGCCUUGCACAGAUCAGAGCAGGAUGAAGCGAGGGCGGGAGUUUUUCGAAGGAAGCACAUCUCCUGUUUUUAUUGCCUGGGCCAUCCGUCUGAAGAGGCAAGGCAUCAAGCUGGCCGUCUUGGAGAACACUCCAGACAUUCCGCAGGAGCAGCUGGACAGUUUGCUGGGGGACAUGUAUGACAUCCGGAAGCUCGAUGUUGACCUCUCCCACUGCGGGCAUGGGGGAGCUUCCAGACGACGUGUGUACUUCCUCCUCACCUUGAAGGAUGCCUUUGAAGUCCUGGCUGAGCCGUCGGAUUUGUACCAGAUGGUUGUGGACAUUGUGAAGUCUGUAGGCCAAACCCGUGUGCGGGAUUACUUCCAUGCAGGCCCGGUAGAGCUGAUGUGCGAGGCAGAGCAUGUGGCCAGGCAGAGAGGGAAGGUAGUGGUGCCGGGACACUUUGAUUUCAGCUACCUUCUCAAUGAGCGGGAGAAGCUUGCGAUCCGUGAAUUGGACGCGAAGUUCUGGAAAACCCAGGGACGCGGCCCAAGUCUGGACCCUGACCUGGUCUACUGCUUGGCAGACAAUCCUCAGUUCACUUGUUUGUGGAGUGCCACCAGCGGCCGCUUGCCUUGCCUGCGUCGCAACGCAGGGUCUGCCAAGUUUUGGUCGCCGCUCCGAAAGCGCUGGUUGACAGGCUAUGCACCAUGUCUUUUCCCGUGCGACAUUGCAUGGCAGCAGCUCGUGGGGAACUGCAUGGCUUUCUCCAAUGUCGCCUUGGUGCUGAUGGUGUGGAAUGCAGGCGAAUCCUAUUACAAGCUGUUUUGCUUCAGCUUGCCAGAGUUCCAGCCAUUGAUAU